AUUCAUAAUACAUAGGUAUGGGUAAAUUAUACACUUAGAUCAUUUUCCAUUGGUUGGCAUUCAGUAAAAAAUGCCUAUAUAAAAUACACAAAGGCAUGUACUUUCUACAUGGGUUUUGAUGACUUCUAAUGAUUUAUUGCUAAAAUGGUGAAUUCCUAUGAUCUGGUGCUAAAUUUAGGAAUCUUGGUUUUGAUGUUUUGACUUGUGAAAUUACAGCAAAUGAAGCAUUCCAAAAGGUGGUGACAUAUGGCUUGGUGAACAAUAUGGUAAUCUACUUAACGAAGGAUUAUCCUAUGACUGCUGCUAAGGCCGGUAAUGCUAUAUUCUUCUGGAAAGCUGCUAAGGCCAACAAUGCAGUAUUCUUCUGGAAUGCUGCAACAAGCUACGAACUUCUUUUGGGUACUUUCUUCUCUGAUUCAUAUCUAGGUCGUUUCCUCACCAUCGGCAUUGGUUCUUUGUCAAGUCCAUUGGCAUAAUACCAUUAUGACAACGCCAAAGGCAGCAAAUGCAGCUCGUGGAAUUUCAAAUUUUUUUGUGGGCCUAUCCAUGGAGCAACCAGAAUGUGGCAUGGCGCUUUGUCUUGUUCAAGAUUUCUGAUCAUGCAUGCUUUGGUUUCUUGUUUUGUGGUUUUGCAAUGAAUGAACGAAUAGAAG